AAAAUUUAGCACACCUGCACCGACUUAUGUAAACAAAAGCGUAUUACUUCCUGUUUCACCUUGAUUUAAGUUUAACUUUAUUGGAAUAUCUUCCUACAGACGACCUAUAAUGCAACCAGACAUCACAACGUGUAUCUAUAACGAAAAAGAAGAACUUCCACUUCCGGAGUUUCACCGGAAGUACACAAACAAGUUUCCGAUGCUGGCUAUUGUUGUUGGAGGACACUACGGACCCACGAAAUGGGACGACCUUCCAAGUGACAUCGUAAUGAGAAUCGACAGGGAAUUCAGACAACAGAGAGUUCUGGCGAAGGAUCCCAGAGCUUACCGUGACCAGUAUCUGAGUAUUCCUGUCAACGGUCCUUACAGAUUCCACGUUGUCAAAUCCCUCAAAGAGAAAAGUGAGGAUCAAACUCUAACAGAAAUUUUGGAGAAGAAUCCUCUGCCCUUUUUGGUCCAGUUUUCUCUGAGGGGAGAGGUUCCGAAGGAGGGGAGAGGGGGACCGGAUGGAGGGUUGAUCAGUUUUCUUAUAGAAUACCGUUACGAGGAAAUUUACCUACAGGGAAAUUUCUAUUCCAACGGCGCUAUCGCAAAAGACAGUGCUUCCGUGACAUUGUGUCCACUCAUUACUAUGGCUCCUGUUUAUGGAUUGAAAGAAAAGACAGAAGAGGAGUAUAAUCAAUAUCUACAACGAAUGACGGACUACGUAAACAAAAAGAGUACAUUUGGCGAGGAAACAUGCAAUAGAGGUAUAAAGGUUUUAGAAUCAUCUGAUCCAGAAAUCGCCAAUAUUAUCCCCCCAAAACCCGAAAUAAACAGAGGACCACCUCCAGCACUCCCGAAAAGGAGAGGAUCCGAUGACAAAAACGAGCAGAAGCGGAAACCCGCAAACACUGGAAAUUUUGCUCGCCUUCCAGGUCGACAGAGUGCUCCGAAAAGUCAGGCAUCUGGCAUUGGGGAAGUUCAAUCGAAUGUUAAAGUUGCUAAAAUUCCCCCCAAACCGAAACCAAAACCGAAAAUAAACCCUGUCGCUACCAAGGAAUUUUCUGCCAAUGACAGUGAUGAUGAAAUAUAUGGCGAUGAUUAUGAAGUGAUAGAUGAAGACAUCAAACUGAAUCUUCCCACUCUCCCAGCUGAUAAAGGGCCUGGUUACGCAAAUGAUAUUCUGUGUCAAGUGCGACCGUACCAGGAAGCAAAAACAGAAGAUCCCGAUGACGAGAGUGAUGAGUAUGAAGAAAUUAUAGAAAAACUUCCGACUCCAGAGAAAAACAUAAAACAGGUCGCCUCCGUCCGAGCUGUACCUGAUUAUAAACAGAUAAACACUCUCAAGUCGGAUUCAGAAUGUGAGUACGCUGAACCAGAGCUUGAUGACGUGGCAGAGGAAGAAGCUCACUCGAACAUUAGUUUUAGUGUUCAACCAACAGAGGACAAGGGUCAAGCAAGGUCAAACCAUGUGUCAGGAAAAACCAUCAAAGAACUAGGGGAAAUUCUGAUGAAAUUAAAGCUCGAUAAAUACGUAGAACGAUUUUCUGAGGAUUUGAUAGACGGUGAAAUUAUCCAAGAUCUUACUGUACAAGACUUAAAAGAAGAUUAUAACUUUACAAAGACAGAGGCCUUAAGGUUGAGAAAAUUUAUUGAACUUGGUCACGUCCCUAUAUGAUUUGUCUCUCCAAGAUCUGAAAAACAGAGCCAUCCAUGCCAAAGAAGAUUCCCUUAUUAUCGACAUGAUUUGCUUUUAUUCAAUAUGAAAUCGUGUAUAAUGAUUUCCGUAAUGCUACAUUGAUACACAUUUUCGUUUGCAAUAUUUUAGUGUUUAAUUUGCAUAUUGUAUUUGCAAAUUGGGAUGUAAAGGUUAUGCUUUUAAGAUUUGUAGCAAUAAAGAUAUUGUAUUGGCUUUUACUUCACAUUAAAAAAAAAACAAUAGUUUCGAAGACACAACAGACUAAUGGCGAUAUCAUUUGACAAGUACUUUUAAUUCAGCAUAUCUGUUUUAUUGCUUUAUAAGUUAUGAUUUCAGUGGAAAAUACUGAGUAUUAAAAAUGCCUUUCAAUUUUA